AUGUCGCCAGCUCGAAAUGGAUGGCAACAUCCCUGCAUCAAGCGAUCUCGCACUGCUUCCAGCAGAGUUGCAGUAAUGCUGGUGCUCAUGGCUGGCUUGCUUAGACUUGGCAGAGAUCGCAGGAAUCUGCUCUUCACGCCAUGCUCCUUACCCAGCCGUGCGCCCAGCGCCGUGACUCGUGCCUAUGGUGGCCCCUGGCAGGACGAGGCGCAAGUGCACGGCGAGAUGUCUCUUGACGAAAUGCAAGAAACAGAUGAUCAUCAUCAGCAUGCCUGGAAUGCUACACGCAUAGUGCUCGCCAGCUCUCUGGUGGCCUUGCUCCUGUCCUUUGGCAUCUCAAUGUAUCUCUCUUUCAGCUCAAAUUUACCCUCCAGUGAGCAAGUCACCUAUGCUGCUUGGUAUUCCAAAGUCGCCGACAGGAUUCGGGCUCUGGUGGCCCAAAAGCCGGCCUCAGGACCCCCCUCCGUCGCGGCGCGAAUCCGUAACAUCAGCAGUAUCCUAGACGUCACGCAGGAGGACAUCUAUACCGAAUUCUGGCAAAGUCUGUCCUCAGAUGUCCUCAUCUUUCGCGCCUACUACCCGCUCCUAGACUUUUACAUCAAUGCUACCUAUCCGCAUCCCACUCCGCAGCAGGAGCUCCUAUGCAAAUCGCUGCGUUUUGAGCUAUUCCGUUUCUCAAGGGCCCUCGAUGAUUUUGACGCAUGCGUUAACGCAAAGAACAGUCGAGGGACGGAGAAGGCAUUUGCUGAGCUGUCUGUCGCUUAUGACCACUACUUGAAGGCUGCAAACUUGUACGAAGGCUACGACCCCAUGACUAGCACAGAGGUGCUGUACAAGGAUGUGGCAGACUCUCAGCUGGUGUAUACACCUAUUGCGGUACAAAAGCCGGCAAUUCGGGACGAAGUGCUGGUCAUUCGAGGCCCAGACAAGGGCAAGAUGGGUCGUGUGAUAUGGCUAUAUGAUGGGCUCACUGCCACAGUGAAGCUCGAACCUAAUCCACUUCUGGGCGGUUCGCAGAUGAAGGGUGUGCGGGAAGUUAAGUCAUUUCCGCAGACGUGGAUAGCUCUGACCAGAACGAAUGAACAGAAUCGUAUUCUGGACCUGGUUCUAGCCGGUGUCGCGACCUUUUUCACUUGUUGCAUCACUUACCCUCUUGAGACGAUCAAAGCACGGCUGCAGGCUGGGCAAGCAGCUCUUCCAAAGGGGGAUGCGACAGUCGUCGUUUCAGACUUGUACAGUGGCUUGUUAAGCACUCUUGUCAGGGAGGUGCCAGCAAAGAGCCUUUACAUCUCUGGCUUCAACAGCAUCACCCGGUUCUUCUGCCUCCUACCUUUUGUGGACGCGAACAACGCAGACCUGAAGCUGCUCGUGAUGAUCCCUGCAGGGGCCUUGGCCUACUUCCCAGGGACCUUCCUCAGGGCUCCCUUUGAACUCUUGAGCCGGCAGCUUCAGACUGGGGUCUAUAAGUCCGAGGAGGCGGCCGUGGAGGGCCUCCUAGCAGAUACCGAGGGCCUCAGAGAUAAGUUGGUGAGAAGUUGGAGCCUCGUCGUCUUGCGUGGGCUGCCUUUUGGCGCUUUGCAGUACUCUCUCUAUGAUUUCCUUCACGAAAACGUCGAGUUGGUCCCGUUUGGCAUACCGCUGAGCCUCCAGCCAGUGAUCUGGGGUGCUGCUUCGGGAGCUCUUACAGGACUGCUGACUAAUCCGCCCGACCUUAUCCUGUCCGUACUCCUUGCCAAGGAACAGCCUGAGUCAUCGGAGUCACGGGCGGAGAAUAUUCUUGAAGCCUCGGGCCGAGCCGCACAGUCGAUUUAUGACUCGGAGGGCUUUGUGGGCUUCUUCCAGGGGGGAGCUGCGAGGGCUCUCCAAAUCGGAGCCGAGUCUUGUGUUUUCUUCACAAUCUUAGAAGCGCUCAAGGUCCUGAGCGGCGUUUGGGUGGUAGUCGAGGUCGUCACCCACUUGCUAUUGUUGCGCCUGCCAACUCACACACUGAGCCCGAGGAACAUUUUGAGCAUCAAGCGAGCAGCACGAGCCGAGUGCGUCAGCCUGACUUUGUCGCAGUUGAUGAAGAGUACCAAACCUGAUCCAGAAUCCUGCAUUCGAACUGCGCAAUGGCUGCACGAUCAGCUGCCGAUUCGCUUUGCCAGGCGUAUUGAGGACAUCCUGCAGCUACCUCAUGUGGUGGUCAUCAAUCCUCAGAUCAACAGCAUCCUCUCGACUUACCUGGAGACGUUCGAAGCCAUUCACUCUUUUCCUCCGAUUCGGACGCAGGACAACGAGAUGGCAUUUCUGCAAGUCAUUCGCGAGCAACUAGCAAAGCACAAUCCCGGAACCCGCUUGAUUGCGGAGGGCUACCGUGAAGUGCGGCGCUUGUAUCCCUCGAUCCACCUGGAUGCAUUCUUGCACGAUCACUUUACGACCCGGAUCGCUACGAGAAUCUUAAUGGAUAACUACAUGGAGAUGCGUGUCCCAAGAGAAGAGCACAUUGGAGUGGUUCGGCAAAACAUGCGGCCGCUCAAGAUCGUGCAGGAAAUUGCAGGUGAACUCACUUUGCUCACCACGUCCCUCUACGGCUGCGCCCCCGAGGUCGAAUAUCGCGGCAAUCCGGAUUGCAUUCUUGACUACAUUCCCAGACAUGUGAAGUACAUGGUGAGGGAGCUGCUGAAGAAUGCUUUCAGAUCCACCGUCGAACGGCAUUUGGCGAGGAGUACCAUGUCCGACAAGUUGCCACAUGUCGCUGUGGAAUUGCAGCAGGGGGACAUUCACGUGAUCUUUAAGAUCUCGGACCAAGGGGGUGGCAUGCCCAAGAGUCUGCAGCGUGAGGCUUGGAAGUAUGGCUGGACAACGGUGGACGCGAACAAGAAGAGCCCUGAAGCCUUCCAAUGCGCGGAGGAGUCUUGCAGCUGGGAUCGCGGGAUGGAUUCCAAAGCGCCCGAGCGCAGCGAGCUCGCGGGAUAUGGCUUCGGGCUUCCACUGACACGCCUGCAUGCGCAGUACUUCGGAGGGGAUGUUUUCAUGCAAGCGCUGCCCGGUCAUGGGACGGAUCUGAUCCUGAUCUUGACCCACCUCAAGGAAGGGACGCCCUCCACGGAGUUCGACGAUCUCUCAACUCUCCUCUACAAGAAAGAGCGCAAGCCUGAUCGCGAGGAAUAG